UCACUUUUAUCUAUCACACUGGACUCAAAACUAGCUCUUGAAACAGAAGCUCUGUUGAACAACACCCUCGGUCGCUUGAGCCCCUAUUCCACUUGAGCCAGUGACCUCACGUCACGAGCCAAAGUCCACUUCACCUCAAGGUACUCUUCAAACUUUACCCACCAUGUCGAACUUCGAAAAUCCACGAAUGCAGGCCCUAGUCGGCCUCUCAGUAACAAGCUUCUGCACCCUCGCCUUCCACGCCUGUGCCAAAUCCCUCACCACCUCUGAGUCGGUUACAGCCCCACCUCCCGCCUGGCCUUCAACCCAAAACUCCCACCUCGAGGACUCACAGUUCAAUACGCUUGUGAUAACACUAGAAACCCUCGCUCGAUCAAUCGCGCAGGUAAACUCGUCCAUUCAUUCACGCAUCGACCAUGAAUUCUCGCUCCUGCAAAAACAGGCAUCUUGCCAAAAAACCCCGCCACCAAGUAUGGGUCCCAAUGAUGGUAUUUAUAUACUGAUGAGUUUCAUCGGUAUGGCUUGGUUUUUUGGGAUGUGUGUUAGCUGUAAUGGGAUGUAUAACAUCUCAGAGAAAUUUAUGCUGAAGGUGUUGUUCACGGCGGUUUGGUGCGCGAAUUUGGGGUUGCUAGUUGUGGUGUUCUUUGCCGAGGGGAUGAAGUGUUAUGUCUUCAUCUUGGCGGCGGUUUGGCCGGUUCAGGUGGUGAUGGGAUUGAGAGUUUGGUUGGUUUCGGAGAGUGAGGUUGGGAAAAUGGUUGGGAAGGUUGGCGAGAAGGAGAAGGAGAAGCUGUUGAUGCUGGAGGAGUUGGAAAAGCUGGAGAAGCUGAAGAAGAUGAAGACUGUGAACUCGUGAGCUACGGAUUGGUGUGCUGGAUGAAACUUUAAAUUCAUUGGAGGAGACUGAAGACAAGUCGAAAGUCUCUAGCUCAGAGGAUCUGGGUACCCACGAGUGGCGUCUCAUGCUAAAUUUCUUGCCGUAAGCCUGGAGGGCACAGAAAGAUUGUCAGGGAAGAGCACUUU